AUGGAUCCGGAACUUUUACGGCAACGUGCUGCUUUUCAAAAACAUGCCGCCAGAAGUCGCUCAGUACAUCCCAGAGCGCUCUCCAGAUACGUUCCGUCUCCUUCAGCCAGUCACACGACUUACAAUGCGGAAGCAGCGAAGAAAAAGAAGAAACCAGUAGUGCAGCAAAAUUCAAAACCAGGGUCUGGCUUUUCAGCUCCGGAAUUCGACUUCAAGACUACGGUUUCCCAUAGCAAUGCCGCUAAUUUCGGUACUAUGGCAAAGAUCGUGGACUACAUGAAGAAACGACAUCUGAGUCAGCAACAGUGGCCAUUGUCUUUACAAGAAAUUUUGGACGAAUUGCAAGUGUACGAUCUGCCGAAAAGGUCGGAAGCCUGGCUGAGAGAGGUAGCAGUAGCCAAAAAGCACCAUCAAGACGUACGUGGUGGUAUUUUGUUGUCGGAGCUGAAUGACUGCAUUCCGAAUGGCGAAAAGGUUUUGGAGGCGCUCAGCGACCAGAUCAUUGUUGUGCCGACGCAAGUGAAUAAGCGAAAAGACAAGGUGUUCUUCUACAAUGAUCAAGAGCUCGAUAUAUUCAUAGAAGAUGAAUUCAAGCAAAUUUACCGUAAGGUGUCCGUAGAUCAUUUGGAUGAGAAGAAAAUUGAGGAAUAUCUCCAGAAGCAUGGUAUCGAUGCAAUGAAGGAUCUUGCACCGAAAAAGCUGGGCUUCGGACCGUUGAAACGAAAAACGCCGAAACGAAGGCAAAAUAUCAAAGUGCAAAACCAGCAUUUGGAAGGCGUAUUGGAAGAUUACGAAUAA